GGAAGCACGUGAACUUGGAGAAAGUCGCGGGGCGCGCCGGCCAGGACCUCCCCGGCAGGGCGUGGGCGCCCCCGGCGCGGCGCGCUUUCGUUUUCAUCCCGGACAAAGGUCCCUCGAGGCGCUCGUCUUGGAUGCAGAGACCGGGUUCUGCUCCUCCGAGAGGACCGGCGGUUCCAUACGGACAAGCCGGAGUCAGCGGAGGAGGAGCGGCGCGGUGCGGGACCGCGAGAGCGGGGCCUGGCCGUGCGCCUCGCCUGGCCAUCUCCGUCCCGCAGCCGUCCCGGAGCCGUCCCGCCCUGCGAAGAGUUGCGGGAGAUGGCACCGCGCUGCCCGCUGCGGUUCGCGCGCGCGAAGGAGGGAAGCGUUUGGGACCCAGGACUGACACCCGUGGCUCGCCCGGGGCCUGUGCGGCGUGGGCACCGCAGCGCAGCGCCGGCUGCGUGGGGGCGCGUUCCUCCGGCAAGGGCAGGGCAGUCGACCUGCGAGUCCCGGGGUCACCAUCGGGUUCCGGGCGACUCCUGAGGACGGACGCGACUCCCCCCAGAGCAGCCCCAUGGAAGUGGGACGGGUCGUGGCCCUCGGGACACAGCCCACGACCGCAUUGCCCAGGACUCACCCGUGCGUCCCACCAUCUUGUUCUGCAGAGGACUCCGAAGCUCACACGACUGCCCGUGCAUGCCCUGAGAUGCGGCAGUCACAGGGACCGAGCGAGGCACUCAGCAGACGGACGCAGGCCGAGAAGUGGUGCCCAGAUGGCGGCUUCCGUCCGAGACGGCCUUCCUCACGAUGACAGCCUUCCAGCGUGGCCAUUGCAGGAGAUGCCCCUUGGCAACACGGUGGCCACUCCCGUCCAGAUGGGACUGACCGGUCCCCUGUACAGCUUCCCCAGCGCCACACUGAGGUGCUGGUCCUUCCCUCCCUCCGUCUCUCCUCCCUUUCUUCCUCUCUGGUUGGUGGCUUUCUCCCGCCGGCUGUCCCGGAGCCCCCCACCCCUCACCCCGUUCCCUGCAGUGCUCCUGCCCCUCCGGGAGGUGCCUCUUGAUGCCACGAAGCCCGUCCCUGCAUCAGACGGAUGGUCCUUUGGGGUGAGGUAGUAGGUUGUAUAGUUUGGGCCUCUGCCCUGCUCUGGGUAACUAUACAAUCUACUGUCUUUCCUGAAGUGGCCGUAAUCUCGCCGUUGGACCGCACCGAGGACCCUGGCUGGGGCCAGACUGGGGACGCCUAGCAGGGUGGGGGCAGUGGCUGCCGGGCAGGAAGUCGAGCACGCCCAGGUUGACCUUGCCGUGUGAGCUUGGGCAGGUCCUGUGACCUCUCUGGGCUUCAUCUUCCCCAUCUCUGAAAUGGGGACAAAUGAGGAUGGAAGAUGACACUGUGUGAAGCGUCCAGAGCAGGGUGGGGCUCAAAGUGGACACCUCCCUCCCCAUGGCCAGCCGAGGGCACGGGGUGGGCCCAGGAGGACGGGGGGCAGCUGAGACUUGGCUGGGGUUGGCAGGGCCCCAGGGACACCUGCGGGACCCUCAGCACACCGGCCGACGCCCCCCGCAGCCGGCCCGGCUCGGCGUCUGGGCUCCCGUGUGUGGG